AUGGCAAUGGGAAUAUUAUUGGAAUUCAUUCGAUAUAUUCGAUGGCGUAUCGAGAUGAGUGAGAAGCUGAGCACUCAACUAACAACAAAGUACGCCACAUUCACUAUAAACAGUUCUUGUCAAAGCUAUAUUUCUCGACUCUUUUCGGCUUCACACAUAGUGCAGACGUUAUUCUUCGGAGUUCAACAAGUGCUCGGAUAUUCGCUUAUGCUUGUAUUUAUGACGUUCUCCAUAUGGCUAGGUAUCGCCGUCUGUUUGGGAACGGAAGAAGAAGAUGAUGAUGAAAAUGUACUUCCAUUUUCGAAUCCAGGAACCAAUACUGUUUCGCGAAUGGCUGCCAAAAGACAUAACAGAUUUCUUCCUAAGAGUGUCACCAUAAAGUAUUUUCUGCUAUCCUUGUCUCGAAUUGCUUCACCGUUAAAUUUUCUCGAAAGUUCACGAGCAGCAGAAUUUCGUCCAAAUGAACUAACAGUCACAUGGUUGCGUUCUUUUUUCUCAUACCACUUAUCUCCGUUCAAGAAUACGAAAAACUUGAAGGCUGUUGUGGAUGAGAUCGCCUGA